GGGGCCUUGGAAAUUGCUGGUUGAUUGGGACAAUGGCUGCGUUGGCGGAGUAUCAGCCAUAUUUGAGAGAUCACAUCUUUGUAUCCAAAGAUGUUCCUCCCGACGGCCGCUAUCAGAUUCGAUUGUUCGACAUCAAGGAGCGUGAUUGGGUGAUUCAUGAGGUUGACGACUUGGUGCCGUGCCACAAGGAAAGCAGUCCACACCAUCACGAUAUACCCUACUUCUGUCGCGGUCGUGCUUUGUGGUCGAUGAUCCUUGAGAAGGCCUUUGCGAAGUUGGAAGGCUCAUACCAGGGCUUGUCUGGAAAAGCCAAUGGCGACCUCGGCGCAAAUCAAGUGGUGUUCAUGCUCACCGGAGGCACUGUUAAUCACCACUUCAGGCGGAGCAUGGCCGAACAGAACCUGUGGGUGACGCAAAUCAGCAGAGAGGUGACUGCUGGACCUGAAUCCACCAGUGAGAAGAAAGGGACCUUGCUUGCGGGGGCUCAGAUCUAUGAGAUGGAGUCACAGGGCAAAAGGAUGAAGUACAAGCUCGCUCCGGGCACCCAGCCUAGCGGCCUCCAGUCGGGCACGGAAGAAGGUUGGAUCAGCACCCACCAGAAGGGUUAUCAUCGCUGUCUGACGUUGAGCAUCUCUGCGGGUUGGAGCUACAGGCACUGGCAGAUGGGACCCCACAAGGAUUGGAACGAUGCGUUUUCCAAGUACCGGACCCAGCUUGAGGAGAUCAAAGGAAUCCAGGAGGAGGUGAUGUGGCAAAAACUCGUGGAGCUUGACAAAGGCUCAUGCAUUUCGACGUGCAACUUCGAUGGGCGCAAUGGCUUGGUGGAAAAUCAUCGUUACACCCUGGUGCAUUGCGUUGAAGUGAAUGGCUUUAAACUGGUUGGAUUGCGAAAUCCUUGGGGGCAUACCGAAUGGAAAGGCGCAUGGAGUGACCAGAGUGAAGAGUGGGAAGCCCAUCCAGAGGUGAAAGAGGCAUUGAAAUUCACAUCUGAGGAUGAUGGUCUUUUUUGGAUGGACUUUGCUGACUUCUACACGAAAGCUGGCGAAGUUUGCUGCAAUGUGGCCCCAAAUCCUUUGCCACGUCAUGCCUCACUCGUGGUGCAUAGAUGAUCAUGGCUGAGAGGGGCAGCCGCAGGAAAUGUGUUCACUGGUCAUGCAGUGAAAACGGGCCUGUUUCACAGAUUUCAGGCAUGUGUUUUGUUCGGCAUGCAGUGUGGCUGUCCGUUAAGCGGAGUCGUGCAGCUGUCGUGUAUCGCAGUGGAAACGAGAAAAGAAGAUUGUCAAAGCAGCCCUUCAUCGUUUCAACAGUUC